GUGGGCGGUUCUUUCUAUGUUCCCUGGACUAUUGUCCCGUGAUUGUGAAGUUUUCGUUUUGCGUAAUCGAUUACAAAGAGUAAUUUAAUUAACACUAACGUAUGUGAGACAACAGUGUAAAAGAUUAGUCGUUACAAGAAAGUGUUUUGUUCGUUAGCGCUUCAUCAAAAACAGAUUUGAAAGAAGAAAACCUGUCGCCUGUUUGCUCCUGCAGAGUACCCCCCGAUAGUGAAUAUCAGAACGAAACAGUGACGAAGGUAGCUUUAUCAGCAUAGCAUCAUCGACACGAUUGUGUAACGGGGGUUUUUUUUUGUGUACCACAGUUGUGAUUGCCGGUUUAAAUUGUCUCACCGAAAGUGUUGCCGGUUUGGGUGUGGAAACAAAAAACUAAAUACUUACUGAACCGGCCCAGGGUAUUCCGGCGCCAUGGCUGAAGCACAUUCAGCCGUCGCAUUCUCGUUCUCCAUCACUCACGAAGGAUGGGACAUCAACUACGAUCGGGAGGUCCUGGAUCUCGUCUGGCAGUCGGGUGUACGAUCGUGGAAAAAACGGUUGGCACGGUUCCGGACCGGUGUACGCAACGGAGUCUACCCUGCCCAUCUACAGAGCCUGUGGCUGGUGAUAGCGAUAGCGAUAGGAUUACAUUUUACCCACCGUCACGUUCCAUUUGAUUUAGUCAACAAAUGGUUAACAGUUUUACCAGGCGAUUCGUUACAAUGGCAGCUAACGGCCUGUUCCCUGGCCGGAUUGGUAGUUUGGCUUUCGAUUUGCUACACGAUGCGAUACUCGCUGAAGCUGCUGCUAAUGUACAAAGGAUGGAUGUACGAGAAACGUGCACCGGGCAGCAAAGUGUCCUUACAGACGCGGCUGUGGGCACUGUGUGUCAAAAUACUUGCCACCUGGAACAAGCCAGGUUUGUACAGCUUCCAAGGAUCGCUUCCGCGUCUGCCGCUGCCAAGUGUGCAGGAAACGAUGUCCCGCUAUCUUCGCACCGUUCGGCCGCUGCUGGAUGAUAGCAACUAUCAGCGCAUGGAACGGCUCGCGAAUGAGUUCCAGGAGGGCAUCGCAACGAAACUACAGCGUUAUCUGAUCCUGAAGAGCUGGUGGUCUACGAACUACGUGUCCGAUUGGUGGGAGGAGUAUGUGUACCUGCGCGGCCGUGGCGCCCUGAUGGUUAACAGCAACUUCUACGGCAUCGACGCUAUUUUUAUGCACCCGACGAAGGUCCAGAGUGCCCGUGCCGCCAGUGUCGUUAACCUGUUGCUACAGUUCCGCCGUACCGUUGAACGACAGGAGCUCGAACCGAUACUAGUGCAAGGCCUGGUGCCACUCUGCUCCUGGCAGUACGAGCGUAUCUUCAACACCGUGCGUGCCCCCGGCGUGGAAACCGAUAAGAUCAUCCACUACCAGGACUCGAACCAUAUCGUCGUGCUGUACCGCGGUUGCUACUACAAGGUCAUCAUCUACCACAACGGGCGGCUGCUGAGACCGUGCGAGCUGCAGAUUCAGAUCGAGCACAUCCUGCAGCAGCGUGACGAAAAGCCGCAGCCCGGCGAAGAGUUACUCGCCUCGCUCACGGCGGGCGAUCGUACGAAAUGGGCCCAAAUCCGCCAGACAGUGUUCGCGAAGGGCGCAAACCGUACCUCACUGCAUACGGUCGAAAGUGCGGCGUUCGUGCUUUCGCUCGACGAAAAGCCGUUCGAGUUUGACCUGGCACAUCCGGAAAAGUUGGACCAAUUUGGACGCUAUCUACUGCACGGCAAUGGACACGAUCGUUGGUUCGAUAAGAGCUUCACCGUCUGCGUUGGCAGCAAUGGAAGGAUUGGAUUCAACGCUGAGCAUACGUGGGCGGACGCAGCCGUCAUGUCGCACAUUUGGGAAAUGUUGAUCAUGGGCGAAACUGAGCAGCGGGCCGAUGCACCCGUUAUGGCACAUGUUUGGGAAUAUAUAGUCGCUGAAGAAGCAACCAACAAACGAUACGAUGAAAAGGGUAACCCCGUCGGUAUUCCGGAGUUUGAACCGCCAACCCCUAAGCGUUUAACCUGGGACCUGAACGAUAAGGUAGCGCUGGACGCUAUCGAUGAGGCCCACCUAGCAUCGCAGAAGCUGUUGAAUGAUGUGGAUUUGAGAAUUCUUGUUCACGAUGCGUACGGCAAGGGUUUGAUGAAAACGUGUCGCCUGUCUCCGGAUGCUUUUAUACAGAUGGCCCUGCAGCUAGCGUACUACAGGGAUGCGGGGAAAUUCUCGCUCACCUACGAAGCUUCCAUGACCCGGCUGUUCCGCGAGGGCCGUACGGAAACCGUCCGCCCAUGCACAAUCGAAUCGGCAGCCUGGGUCAAGGCGAUGCUCAAUGACAGUGUUUCGGUCGAAGAUCGUGUCCGUCUGCUUAAUGAAGCCUGCGAUCGGCACCAACUCGGUUACCAGGAUGCCAUGUGCGGCAAGGGAAUCGACCGGCACCUGUUCUGUCUGUACGUCGUGUCGAAGUACCUGGAGAUUGACUCGCCGUUCCUGCAGGAGGUGCUGAGCGAACCCUGGCGGCUGUCCACUAGUCAAACACCGCACGGGCAAACGUCCAAGAUGGACCUGAAGAAGCAUCCGAACUGCAUCAGCGCCGGCGGCGGCUUUGGACCGGUGGCCGACGAUGGCUACGGUGUAUCGUACAUUGUGGCCGGCGAAGAUCUUAUCUUUUUCCACAUAUCGUCAAAGAAAUCCUGUGGCACGACGAGCUCGGAGCGAUUCGCACAGGAAAUUUGCCGAGCCUUGGCCGACAUGAAGCAUCUCUUCGAGGAGUAUCGUAGCCUGCAGAAGAAAGGCAUCGCCAACGGUACCAAGUCGUCAAAAUAGAAAAGGCCGAACACUAAUGCUAGCGGGACAUAUCGUUGCAUUCAAAGCAUUCUAAACAUCACGCGAAACUCUUUAUAAGCACUGUUAUUCUACGGUUUCACAAUCAAUAACGACAGCCAAACUACCUGAACCAUCCAUUUUAGCUUUUGUUUUGUCCCGAUGUACGUAUUUUAUAAGGGACAAAUUUGUUGUUAACGUUUGAUGUAGUUUGAUGAACAGAAUACGACUUUAGUGCAAAUACUUCUUUACCCUUUGACUAUCACCUUAUCGUGCAUCCCCGCGUGGGUUGCAUAAUAUGUAACUGAGAUAUUGAUUGGAGCGUCUUUGUUUAUUCGUUUAAAACACACACACAAUUCACCAUUGAUCAACAUCACCGACAUAGAGACGAGCAGGAAUAGGGCGUGUUGUAGAGUGUAAGUGUAACCGAUGAGAUCCUAAAAGAACUGCGUAAACGAUGCAAUCAUCAAUGCAAUUGAGAGAAAAAAUGGAAAAAAUACUUCAAGCCCUGGCCGUGAUCGAAGGUCGGUGCACGUGGUACCAAACAUGCAAUGGUUUAAAUGUUUUUGCUUAUUAUUAUUUUAAUCGUAAACAGUAGUAAACGUUUGUUGUAGAUAAUUAGUUCGUGCGGGAAGCCGCUCGCGCUGGAAGGCGCUAACAUGGAAGAACAGUCUAGAUAGCAUAAAGAGACACGAAAGAAAGUGAGGUAGCUGGGUGGUGCAGCACUGUUAAGACAAAAGAAAAAUUACAAAGUGAAGCUAACCACCUAUUACACAGUUUUGUAAGAUCAAAU